AUGAAAGACAUACAAACAUCAGACGGAGAAAAGAAACAUGUUACAUUCAAUCGCGCAAACGGGCCAGACCCAAAAACUAAGAACAAGUUUAAUAGCUACAUCGCCGUUCUAGGAAAAAGCAAAGUAAGCAUCUUGAUACCGGACUGGAGAAAAGUGACUGAUAGGAAUAAGGAACAAAUUUGGCAAGCUUUAUUGGAGCAGUACGAUGUGCCAGAUAAUGAGAAAUUGAGAGAGAAAGUGUUUUCACGUGCUGGGGAUGCUUGGAGGGGUUUCAAAACUAGACUCAGUGAUUACAUAUUUGAAGAUAAGAUA